AUGUAUGUGGGAAACAUGUUUAUAGCGGACGACAACGGAAUCACGAAAAACAGUUUGAAGACCAAUAAUUCAGUUUUACUGGCCUUUUAUGAAGCCGUUCAUCUCAAUAGGAAUUUCAUUACACUUCUCACAACUUCUUCGACUGAAGUUUAUAGUAUUCCCAACGAAAGCACCGAAACUUCAAAUGAAAUAAAUAAAGACACGUUGGAAUCAAUGCAAAGUCCACCGUCUAAUCUAUUGGUGGCUUUUUUAGAGUUUUCUUCUAUUGUUAUGCUUUACACAAAAGACGAAGCGAUACUACAGACAUCGCGUCUAUGUUUUAUAAUCCUAACGUGUAUAACCGAAGACCAGUGCGCCAACGCUAUCAUGCAUGACAUGAAUAUGCCGUUUACGGUUCAGUUGCACCGUAUGCAAAUGAGACACAGAAAAGUGUGUCCACAGAGCAAACUGUCGCGACCCCUGUCUUACACAGUGAUGGACUUAAUGGUAGAAUUCAUAUUAACUCAUACGCGAAAAAAUCUGUUACUCGAUCUCUAUCUGCUCUGCAUUGGAGUGAUUCACCGUUUGCUGUGUUAUCAGAAGAAAUGCAAAAUCAGAGUGGAUUACGCGUGGAAGGAGUUGUGGACCGCUUUGAUUGUGUUAAUGAAAUUCAUUUUGACCAACGAAUCGGAGCUAUUAAAGAGGUGUAAUAUAUUCACAUUGGCUCUAAAUGUGGUCAAUAUAUUCAAUCUGUUUAUAACUUUUGGCGACACAUUUCUACCAUCGCCUCAAUCCUACGAUGAGCUCUAUUAUGAGAUAAUUCGUAUGCAUUCAGUCUUCGAGCAGCUCUACUCAAUGACGCUCCGGUAUGCGUCAAACGAUAAGGCAGAGCACAAAGAGUCGGCCGCAAAGCUUUCCUCUUCACUCGUUAACAUCAAAGCCAUUAUAAAUCAUUUUAACGCCAAAAUCGAGUCCUACUCUUCCUUACAUCAGAUCUCUUCGUUAACUGAAGAACAAGUGCUGGAAAUUGUUCGCAACAAUUACGACACUUUGACGCUUAAACUUCAGGAUAAUUUGGAUCAAUUCGAUCGAUACGAUCCGGAAAAACAAUACGAGUCCAAGUUUUUCACUGAAUUACUCCGUUUUGUUAUUAAUGACUACAGAAAGUCGUCUGACAUUACAUUAAGCGCUGAAGAACAGCACCAUUUGAUGCAAGACUUGCAAAUGCACUCAAGUCUAUGUAAUGAUAUACAUGUGGAUAAUGGCCAACAGCCCCAUGGGGUGUUAAAUGAGGGGUCCCUGACUCGGUCUCUUCAUUUGUUAUAA